AUGUCAUUGCCAUUCGCCAGAUCAGCCAUCGCAUCCACCCGAGCAGUCGUCUCUAGAACAGGUCGAAGGGGGUUUACUUCUUCCAGCUCAAGAAGGUCAGAAUCACUAUUCGUGCACCGAGAUACAGAUUACAACAACCCAUCUAUAAAAUUCGAAUUCACACCUGAAAACCUGAAAACAGCCAACGAGAUCAUCGCUCGAUACCCACCUCAGUACAAGAAGGGAGCAUGUAUGCCAUUAUUGGAUUUGGGUCAGAGACAAAAUAAGGGAUGGACAAGUAUCAGCGUGAUGAAUGAGGUGGCUAGGUUGUUGGAUAUGCCUAAGAUGAGGGUUUACGAGGUCGCAACUUUCUACACCAUGUACAACCGUGAACCCGUCGCUCCCAACUUCGUUCAACUCUGUACUACAACUCCAUGUCAAUUAGGAGGAUGUGGAUCAACCAAGAUUCUGGAAACUAUCGAAUCUCAUCUCGGUAUUCACCCCGGUCAAACUACAAAAGACGGGAAAUUCACUUUGAUCGAAGUUGAAUGUUUGGGUGCUUGUUCCAACGCCCCAAUGAUGCAAAUCGGCGAUGAAUUCUAUGAGGAUCUCACACCUGAAACAACCAUCAAGAUCCUCGAUACUUUGGCAAAAGGUGAAAAACCAAAACCUGGUCCUCAAUCAAAUAGACAAACUUCCGAGAACUCUGCUGGUUUAACUUCCCUCACAACGAAACCUUACGGUCCAGGAGAGUUCUGUUUACCUGAAUUUCAAUAA